GAUUUCAAUUCAUUGGGGCCCAAUUGCAAGGGAGGUUUUGACUUUGAUUCAGGGCUUCAUAAUGUGAUGGAAAUGUCAAGAAGAGAGUACGAGAGUUGCAGUGUAGACAAUCCCUUUAAGGUUUUCUGGGAUGGCCUGGCAAGUGUUGCAUUGAUGGAGGAAGGGUUUGCACUUGAGAUUCCAGAGGAUCUAUACCAUCUGAUCAAGAAGGCCAUCGCAAUCAGGAAGCAUUUGGAGAGGAACAGGAAGGACAAGGAUUCCAAGUUCAGAUUGAUUCUGGUGGAGCGCAGGAUUCACCGCCUCACUCGUUACUACAAAAAGACCAAGAAGCUCCCUCCCAACUGGAAAUAAUAUAUUGCUCAUUUUGGAGGUUUCGAAGAAGAUUAGCAGUACGGCUUACAUGUCGGCUCAAAAAGUGUGGUUAUAGUGCUGUCUUAAGUUUAGAAAAUGUUUCGGAAGCGCAGGAAAUGUUUUGGGACUUGGAAUAUGUUUUUAAGUGCAGCCUUGACUUAUAUGAGUAGUAUUUGUUCUACUGAAACUUAUGAAACUAUUUGUACUAUGAUGUUGCACUUAUUUAUGACAUUUGAAUAUUUAAUAUGUUA